AUGGAGGGUAGCCAGUUAGAAGUUUUGGAAAUAACCAAGGAAAAAAUGGAAUUGAUGGGGCAGUUGGAAGAAAAAAAAGGUAAUUUACAAAAACUUCAACAAGAAAUUCAACAAUUAGAAAAUAAGAUUAAAGAACUAGAAAGACAAGAAAUUCAGUCUCAAAUCGAAAUUCCUCCCAAAAGCAAUCAUUAA